UUACUGGACGGCAUUUGCAUGCGUGUGUCUGCGGAUACAAUUCACUUCGUUUUUGGCUUCGAUGUUUGCGCAUAGGGUAAUGAUGGCAUGGAUGGGCAUGGGGUAUGGCAAGCCUGUUGGCUAUGGAUUAGGAUUGGGAAUUGGAACCGGGCGUUUGGGCAUGAUACACACACGCUUUUCUGCCGCCUUACGGCCUUGCGGUGCCGCUUCAACAUAGACGAAUGCAUCCUCUUUACUCCACACACGCUGUCGGGACCAAGGUUGAGCUUCCAGGCCACGAACGAGACAUUUUCUCGCCAUGCCACCUCCUACCGAACUAGGCGUAGGCGUGUACAGCUUUCUCUCAGCUUGUCAUUCCUACUGACUUAUAGAAGCAACGAACCCCAAAGGCCUCCACACCGAAAGCUUAAGCAGGACUUCUAUGGAUGUUACACAUGCAGGGCUCGUGUGCUCGGGCGCUGACACCUGACUCCUGCCGCUGGGCGCACUUUCUUACGCUAUGGUUUCUUUCCUGCAGACACUUGCAGGCACAGGUCAGCUUGUUUGGGGUCGAGCCACCACAGCAUGGAAUUCAAGAAGUUCUUGUAAUCGACACAAUCUAGCUGACAGUAUGUAGAGUCUCACACCAUCACUCGCUGUUGGUUUAUACAGGCGUUGUUGGCCAAUGCAAGGACAAGGCAAUCCAUCUUAUACGAAGUCUCAC